AUGGUAGCAGCAGAGUUAGAUAAAGUGGUGUUAGCAGAACAUGAGUUCUAUGAAAGUGGGAAUCUUAAGAAUUUACUCAAUUUGAAUUAUGAUGAUACACCUGACGAUUUCGAUUUCAAUUGGCUAUAUAUCUUGGGGAUCUUGAGUUUGAUGGCGUUAUUAAUAGCAUAUAAUAAGAGUUCCAAGAGGAAGAAGAAUGAUAUUUCAUCAGUAUAA